CCCCUCUCUGGAAAAAAGUUCUUAUAGUUUUGACUUCAGUUUCAUCAUCAAGGCUGGGAGCAAGGAGAGAUGUGCGGAAUGAACACUGAUCUGGAAAAUAAAGGUGGUGGAAAUGUCAACCAGUUAGGAGGAAUGUUUCUCAACGGAAGACCGCUCCCACAACCCAAGAGACGAAAAAUGAUUCAGCUGGCCUUGGAGGGAGUCCGUCCAAGCCAGAUCUCCAGGAUACUCAGGGUGUCCAACGGGUGCGUCAGUAAGAUCCUGAGCCGCUACCGGCGCACAGGACUCCUGGAACCCAAGACCAUCGGUGGGAGCCGCCCCCGACUUCUCACCCCCGGUGUCAUCUCCACGAUCAUCCAGUGCAAAAGGGAAAAUCCGACUAUUUUUGCUUGGGAAAUCCGAAAACGUCUCGCAGCGGCGCGGAUUUGCAAGGCCUCCAACGUCCCCAGCGUGUCGUCCAUAAAUAGGAUUUUAAGAAAGAUCCACUUGGACCGCGGACCAUCGUGGAUGGACCUCAACGCUGAUGUCAGGGUUGAGCAGGAUUUGUAUUCUCUGGCUCAAGAAGAAGCAAAGAAGUUUGAGAAGUUUGAGACAGAGUGCAGUAAAAAACAGAAAUCCAAAGGUGUGCAGCACAGAAUCCGCACCACCUUUACGCCAGAGCAGAGCAGAGCACUUGAGCAAGAAUUCUCUCGCAGCCAGUAUGCUGACAUGUACACAAGAGAGAAGCUAUCUGCUGAAAUUAAACUUCCCGAGGACACCAUCAAGGUCUGGUUUUCUAACAGACGUGCUAAAUGGAGAAGAGAAGCCAAGCAGAGAGGUAGUACGCAGACAGCUGAAGACUUUGAAAAGCAAAGUGACUUUGUUCCUGUGAAUCCAACAAUGACAUACAGCUUCACAUCUCAACAGGUACUGUGCAAACCAGUGAUAUCUACUUUAGAGCCCUUAAAACAUGCCGCUGUGAAUGUUUUUCCGAGCAUAGUUUUCUAG